GUCAGAUGCGAUAUGGAGUAACAAGUGGAUUUGACUUUUAAGGUUUUCUCAUCAUUGCGCUUGGAAAAACUCGAACAUCCACAGGACCAUGGACUCAGAUACAAGCCGCGUUUCAAGCAGACCCUCUUCUCCAGAGGUGGACGACAUCUUCCUGUCCACUCUGAAGAAGUCCGUGCACGGUUUUUCCGGCGCCGUGUCAUCCACACAGAACGACUCUCCGUCAGAGAUCCCCGGCCUGCGUGGGCCAUCUGUUUCAGCCGAAGAGUCCCUCGCCCUCCGGAUGGCGUCCAAGAAAGACCGUAAACUCCUGUCAGAGAACGAGCUUCAGUCAAUCCGUCUCAAGAUCAACAGCCGCGAGAGAAAAAGGAUGCACGACCUCAACGUGGCCAUGGACGGGCUGCGGGAAGUCAUGCCUUAUGCGCACGGACCGUCUGUGCGUAAACUCUCCAAAAUUGCCACCCUGCUGCUGGCGAGAAACUACAUCCUGAUGCUGAGCAACUCACUGGAGGAGAUGAAGCGGCUGGUGAGCGAAAUCUACGGCAGCAGCGGACACCACGGCGGCUUCCACCCAUCAGCCUGUGGGACAAUGACACACGCGGGGCCCGUGCCGGGACACCCGACAGUUUCCCACGCCUCACACCCCGCGGUGCAUCAUCCUCUCCUGCCGCCGGCAGCGGUCUCCACCGCUUCUCUGUCCGCGCCCGGAAUCUCCGCCGUCACUUCAGUCAGACCUCAUCACGGACUUCUCAAAGCGCCAGCUGCCGGUGCAGGGCCCCUGGGCAGCAGUUUCCAGCACUGGGGCGUUGGCACAGGGAUGCCUUGUCCGUGUAGCAUGUGCCAAGUCCCACCUCCACAUGUGUCCAGCAUGAGCACCGUCACCAUGCCGAGACUGGCCGGCGAUUCCAAGUGACUCUAAACUCAGUAGAACUUUGUUGGGGGGCUUGUACAGGACUGUCUCCUCAUAUCACGACGUUUUUAUUUAUCUUUAUUGCUCAAUCCGUCGCGUCGACGGAGCAAGCAAAAACCAACAUAUUGAUUUUCCUUUCUGGGACUUUCAGGUUCUGCAGCUAACAUAGUGUUUUUUGAUAAUUAACCUAUAUUGUAGGUCUUUUUUCACAGAGCUCCCAAAGCACAAAAUAGCAGAUUAAUUCUUUUGUAGCUCCAUCAUCUGCGUUUGUCCCCUGUAUGUCACGUUUAGUUGUUUUUUCCGUUAUGUGGGUUAACAGAAAAAAGUUCCCAACUUGAAACAAGCUACAAAUUUAGAGUGUAAAUAUGUAGAUAGAAUAUUCUGUUUAAAUAGUCGGAGAUUUUAUAUAUUAGAGUCUUGUUACUCUGCGGGAAGACUCCAUUGUUCCUCACAUGUUGCACCUGCUUGAUUUUCUUUUUAAUGCUUCUCUGCUUGUUUUCCUUCCUGUUAUGUUGUUAUUCACUGCCAGACCCGAACAAUGAUGACAUCUUUAUUUUUUUAAUUAAAAAUAAACAAUUAAAAUAUUUAUUUACUUAAUUUGGGGAGGGAGUUUCAGAUGAAUUCUCUGUUAUAUUGGAAUUUGAAC